AUGGGCGUGGCCUGUGGGGGUGUGCCUGGCGUGAUGGGCGUGGCCUGUGGAGGAAGACACUCCUUUUUGUGGACGGAGGAAGGACAGGCCUACAGCUUUGGGAACAACUUCUACGCCCAGCUUGGCUAUGAUUUUAGGAAGGUGGACUUCAAAGAACAUCAGCUGGCGCCGCGUUUGUUCCAGAAUCUUCCGGCAUCUCGGAGAAUAUGUCAGGUGGCCUGCGGCGAGCGGCACAGUCUCUUUGCCCUGGAGGACGGGAGCGUGGCAGCCUGUGGGGUGAAUGACUAUGGACAGAUUGGCAGUGUCUUCCCUGAAAACGCGCCUGUGCCCCGCAUGGUCGAGGGUCUGGAAAACGUGUUAGAUAUCACCUGUGGGGCCAACCAUAACCUAGCACUGACAGUUUGCGCGAUCCCCGCGCUUGUUGGUCACCGGCAAACAUCUGGCACCUGUAGCCGGACCCCACAGGGUUCAAACUCACAGCCCUCAGCCUCCGGCUACGCUCGCCCCGGCGUUCGCUCCACCUACCCCGAGAUGAACCCUGCCCUGUCCCCCUCGCCUGGCAGGGACGCGGUGCUAAGUAUCCUCCAUAAGGGCAGUGGGGAGAACAUCUUUGUGUCGGAGCAGCCCCCGGUCAUCAGCAGCGUUAUGGGAAAUGGGCGGCGUCGCAGCAUAUCCUGUCCCAGCUGCAACGGUCUCGCCGACGGCAACAAGCUCCUAGCGCCCGUCGCCCUGGCGACCGGCAUCGACGGCAGCCUCUAUGUUGGCGACCUGAACUUUGUGCGGCGGGUGAACCCAUCCAUGAAUACCACGGGCAUACUGGAACUGAGGAACAAGGAUUUCAGACACAGCAACAACCCCACCCACAAGUACUUCCUGGCGGUUGACCCGGUGACAGGGGCGUUGUUCAUCUCCGACACCAACUCGCGGCGUAUUUACCGCGUGCGUUCGCUGACGGCCGCCCGGUCUGUUGUCGGAAAUGCGGAGGUGGUCGCAGGGACGGGCGAGCAGUGUCUGCCCUUCGACGAGCGCUGUGGGGACGGGGGCAAGGCCACCGAGGCCACCCUCAUGAGCCCCAAAGGUAUCGCUGUGGAUAAAAACGGGCUGAUGUACUUUGUGGAUGCCACCAUGAUCCGCAAGGUGGACCAGAACGGCAUCAUCUCCACCCUGCUAGGCGCCAACGACCUCACCGCCGUGAGACCACUGAGCUGUGACGCCAGCAUGGACGUCAGCCAGGUUCGCCUGGAGUGGCCAACAGACCUGGCUGUCAAUCCCAUGGACAACUCUCUCUACGUGCUGGAGAACAACGUCAUCCUGCGCAUCACUGAGAACCACCAGGUGAGCAUCAUCGCGGGGCGGCCCAUGCACUGCCAGGUGCCGGGUAUAGACUACAGCCUCAGCAAGCUGGCAAUCCAUGCCGCCCUGGAGAGCGCCACAGCCAUCGCCCUAUCACACACCGGCAUCCUGUACAUCACCGAGACGGACGAGAAAAAGAUCAACCGUGUCAGACAGGUGAGCACCAAUGGGGAGAUCUCCCUGCUGGCGGGCGCCGCCUCCGACUGCGACUGCAAGAACGACGUCAACUGCAACUGUUUCUACGGCGACGACGGCUACGCGCCGGACGCGGGCCUCAACUCGCCCGCCUCGCUCGCCGUGUCGCCCGACGGCACGCUGUUCGUCGCCGACCUCAACAACAUCCGCAUCCGAGCCGUGCGGGCCAACCGGCCCGUGCCCUCGCUGUCGGGGGCGGUGGCCAGCCCGUCGGGGGCGGGCCCGUACGAGGUGGCGUCGCCGCGGGAACAGGAGCUCUACGUGUUCAGCGGCGAGGGGCUCCACCUGCAGACGGUGAGCCUGGUGACGGGCGAGCCGCUCUACAACUUCACGUACGGCGCGGACGGCGAGCUGGCCUCGGUGGCGGACAGCUGCAACAACACGGUGCGCGUGAGGAGGGAGGGCCAGGGGGGGGCCGGGGGGGGCCUGCUGAGGCUGCUGCUGCUGCCGGAGAACCAGGUGGUGAGCCUGGGGCUGGACCCUGCCGGGGGGCUGAAGAGUGUGACGGCCCAGGGCCAGGAGGUGGCGCUGCUGGCCUACGCCGGGAGCUCGGGCCUGCUGGCCACCAAGGCUGACGAGACCGGCUGGACCACCUUCUACCAGUACGACAGCGAGGGCCGCCUGACCAACGUGACCUACCCCACGGGCAUGGUGACGAGCCUGCACCGCGAGAUCGAGCGCUCCAUCAACAUCGACAUCGAGAGCUCCAGCAGGGACGACGACGUCACCGUCAUCACCAACCUGUCGUCCGUGGAGGCCUCCUACAGCGUGGUGCAAGACCAGGUGAGGAACAGCUACCAGCUGUGUAACAACGGGACCCUGAGGGUGAUGUACGCCAACGGCAUGGGCAUCAGCUUCCACACGGAGCCUCACAUCCUGGCCGGCUCUGUCAGCCCCACCAUCGGGCGCCGCAACAUCACCCUGCCCACCGACAACGGCCUCAACUCCAUCGAGUGGCGGCUCCGCAAGGAGCAGACCAAGGGCAAGGUCACCGUCUUCGGCAGGAAGCUGAGGGCCCACGGACGCAACCUCCUCUCCAUCGACUUUGACCGCAACACGCGCACGGAGAAGAUCUACGACGACCACCGCAAGUUCACGCUGCGCAUCAUGUACGACGUCCAGGGCCGGCCCGCCAUGUGGUUGCCUAGCAGCAGCCUGGCGGUGGUCAACGUGUCGUACUCCUCCACGGGUCAACUGGUCGGACUCCAGAGGGGCAGCAUGAGCGAGCGGACCGAGUUUGACCCGCAGGGCCGCAUCCUGUCGCGCUCCUUCGUGGACGGCAAGGUGUGGAGCUACAGCUACCUGGACAAGUCCAUGGUACUGCUCCUCCAGUCCCAGAGGCAGUACAUCUUCGAGUUUGACGCGUCGGGCCGCGUGACGGCCGUCACCAUGCCCAGCGUGGCGCGCCACACCAUGUUCACCCACGUGUCCCUGGGCUACAUCCGCAACACCUACAACCCCCCCGAGAGCAACGCCUCGGUCAUCCACGACUUCAGCGAGGACGGCCGUCCCCAGGCCACCCACUACCUGGGCACGGGCCGCCGCGUCCUCUACAAGUACGGCAAGCUGGCCAAGCUGGCGGAGAUCCUGUACGACAGCACGGCCGUCACGUUCGGCUACGACGAGACGGCGGGCGUGCUGAAGAUGGUCAACCUACAGAGCGGGGGCUUCUCCUGCACCAUCCGCUACCGGAAGAUGGGCCCGCUCGUCGACAAGCAGAUCUACCGCUUCAACGAAGAGGGCAUGGUCAACGCCAGGUUCGACUACACCUACCAUGAUAACAGCUUCCGCAUCGCCAGCAUGAAGCCGGUGAUCAGCGAGACGCCCCUUCCUGUCGACCUCUACCGCUACGACGAGAUCUCUGGCAAGGUGGAGCACUUUGGCAAGUUCGGGGUCAUCUACUACGACAUCAACCAGAUCAUCACCACCGCGGUCAUGACGCUGAGCAAGCACUUUGACACCCACGGCCGCAUCAAGGAGGUCCAGUACGAGAUCUUCCGCUCGCUCAUGUACUGGAUGACGGUGCAGUACGACAGCAUGGGCCGCGUGGUGAAGCGGGAGCUGAAGAUCGGCCCGUACGCCAAUACCACGCAGUACCGCUACGAGUACGACGGAGAUGGACAGCUCAGCGGCGUCAAGGUCAACGAUUGGUCCACCUGGCGCUACAGUUACGACCUCAAUGGCAACCUCCACCUGCUCAACCCCGGCAGCAGCGCCCGGAUCAUGCCGCUGCGCUACGACCUGAGGGACCGCAUCACCCGCCUGGGCGACGUCCAGUACCGCCUGGACGAGGACGGCUUCCUGAGCCAGCGGGGGCCCGACGUGUUCGACUACAACUCCAAAGGGCAGCUGCUCCGGGCCUACAGCCGCCUGCCCGGGGGCUGGAGCGUCCAGUACCGCUACGACGGGCUGGGCCGCAGGGUGUCCACCCGGAACAGCCUGGGGCAGCACCUGCAGUUCUUCUACGCCAACCUGAACCACCCGGCCAGGGUCACUCACAUCUUCAACCACUCCAGCUCCGACAUCGCUUCCCUCUACUACGACCUGCAGGGUCACCUGUUUGCUAUGGAGGUAAGCAGUGGAGAGGAGUACUACAUCGCUUCUGACAACACCGGCACACCGCUGGCCGUCUUCAGCAGCAACGGCCAGAUGAUCAAGCAGGUGCAGUACACAGCCUAUGGGGAGGUCUACCUGGACUCGAACCCGGAGUUCCAGCUGGUGGUGGGCUUCCACGGCGGCCUGUACGACCCACUCACCAAGCUGGUCCACUUCACCCAGCGGGACUACGAUGUGCUGGCGGGCCGCUGGACCUCGCCAGACUACGCCAUCUGGCCCAAGAUCGGCAAGGACCCGGCGCCUUUCAACCUGUACAUGUUCAAGAACAACAACCCGCUCAGCGACAUGCUGAAUGUGAAGAAUUACGUGACAGAUGUGAAAAGCUGGCUGGUGAUGUUCGGUUUCCAGCUCAGCAACAUCAUCCCAGGCUUCCCUCGCCACUCUCUCUACUUCGUAGACCCGCCGUAUGAACUGCAGGCCAGCCAGGAUUGUGAGAACGGACAGCUGAUCACAGGUGUCCAGCAGGCCGCCGAACGCCACAACCAGGCCUUCAUGGCGCUGGAGGGACGCCUGCUCAACAAGGAGCGUCGGGGCAGCAGGGACAAGCUGGGCCACUGGUUCGGCACCAGCACCCCCAUCAUCGGCCGGGGCAUGAUGCUGGCCCUGAAGGAAGGCCGCGUGGUGGCCGGUGUGUCGGCCAUGGCCAGCGAGGACAGCCGCAAGGUGGCCCUGGUCCUCAACAGCGCCCUCUACCUGGACGGCACACACUACACCCAGGACGGAAGGGACUGUCACUUCUUCGUCAAGGUGGGCGCCGCCGACAGCGACUUACUGGCGCUGGGCCUGACCAACGGGCGCAAGGCGCUGGAGGGCGGCAUCAACGUGACGGUGAGCGGGCGCUCCAGGAGGGGCGCCACAGUGGAGUUUGCCGUGCCGUCGCUGGCGCUCACGGUGCGCUACGGCCUGGCGCCGGACGUGGCGGACGAAGAGAAGGUGCGCCUGCUGGAGCUGGCGAGGCAGAGGGCGCUGGCGGGCGCCUGGGCCCGGGAACAGCAGCGGGCGCGGGACGGCAAGGAGGGCGGGCGGCUGUGGACGGAGGGGGAGAAGCAGCAGCUGCUGACCACGGGGAGGGUCCAGAGCUACGACGGCUACUACGUCCUGCCUGUGGAGCAGUACCCCGAACUGGCCGACAGCAGCUCCAACAUUCAGUUCCUGAGACAGAACGAGAUGGGCAAGAGGUAACAGCCCUGCUGGACUUAGUAUGUGGGACUGGCACUCCACAUCGGCUUCUGUCCUCGUCUCCUUCCCGUCACUUCUCCCCUUUUCCUCCUCCUCUUUCUCCCUUUGCCCUCCCUGAUUCCUCGAGCCUCUCUCUUCUCCCUGAUGUCGCGGAGAACACACCCAACAAACGGGGUUACUCACUGAACACUGCAGGGACUUUUGAAAAGAAGAACUUAUCUGAGACAAGUCUUUAUCGUUCAUUUAACUGCCACAGGCAAAAAAGCGAGUGUUUAUUUGAGCGUUUCUUUGUAGAAAACAGACUUUGAAGAAAUGGAAAAGAAGCACUGACCAACUUUGAAGAGGUAAAUUGUUGCUUAAUGAAUAAGAAGAUUCCCCUUUUUAAAAAAGAUAUUGAUAUUUUCACCCAUAUUUUUUGGGUCCCAUUGUGGAUGUGCGGUGACAGACUGAACCAGGGCAGAGUUGUGUUGUCCUGGCUUCUCCCCUGGGGCCUGUCUCCCAAAUGAACUGUAGGCAAAAGGGACCAAUAAGGAGACAGAGCCACCAGAGUACAUCCGAUCACAACACUGGAUCAAAGGAGAACAUCAACGACGACAAGCACUGGAAACGUCAGUUGUGAAAUGCUGUAAACGUCGAGUCAUCUCACUGUCUCAGGCCUCCCAUUCUCCACCACAGAAACGUCCUUGGCUCCAGCAGUAUAUAUUAACUAUCAACACUGAACUAACGGCAUCCUUAAAUAUGUUAAAAAGGUUAUCGACUUAGAUAAAACACUUUCUUAAAAAAAAACACAAAGUGGAAAAAUCAAUGGCUAUAUCACACUCGAUUGUUUUUAUUUGAAAAGGAGUAGAGGAAAUAUACUACUUAAUAUGUGUCAGACCACAGGUCAGAGUGUUGCCUAUACUCUAGAUGCAGUAGUUUUGUACGUUUCAGUCGCAGUAGAAUCGUGAGACUUUCACAAAGGCACUUCUGUACAGAACGACCAACAAAACACCCACACCAAGUCCGGAAAACAUGCGCAACUAGUAUCAAAAACUAUUUAUUUUCGACUUUAUUCUUUAUUAAUUUAUUUAUUAUUGUUAGUACUAUAUGACAAUCAUGAAGGAGCCACCAGUUUUAUUCAAGAAACCGAGCAUUAACUGCUUAAUUAAUUUUCUUUUGUAAAAUAUGUAAUAAAUGUUCAUUAGGGUUUUUUUUUGUUGAUUGAUUUACAUUUUCUGUCAGAGCAAAUACUAGUCACACUCAAAAAUAAUAAUUUACGUAUGAAAGUGUUUUAAAAUGGUUUAUACUUUAAAUAAAGUCUUUAAAACUGUGAAACCUGUUUUUCAAAAUAUAUCUCGAUGUACAGUGUAUAGACUUACCUUUAUGCAGCACAGUAGAACAUUGUCGAGAAUAUCAAGUUUUAUAUUUCUAAGAGGAAGUGGCUUGUAACGUGCAAACCUUUAGCUGGUAUUACUACUCUAGAGUUCUGUGACUCUCUAAUAUCCCAUAUCUACAGUGUCCACCCCCUAAUGGUUGUUUUCCACGGUUUGUUUUGGUUCGGAUGCAGAGAUCUUGCUGUCCUAGGUCCCCAUACAUCGUAGUCAAGGAUCCUAG